AUGUAAAAAUAAUAUUAAUAUCUAUUUAAAGUAGAAAAUAAUUAACAAAAUAAACGAUUUAGAUUAAAAUUGAUUAUUAUUGACAGUAAAAAUUCAAUUUUUAACAAGUACUAAAGAAUUAAAUAUUAAAAUUUUAAAUAUAAAACAAACAAUUAAUCUAAGAUUUAAACACUUUAUUCAUUUUAUAUAAUAAAAUAUAAUACUAACUUAUAAAUAAAAGCACUUAAUAGAUAAAAUUAGACUUCAUAUUUUUUAAUGAGUGAGGUGAAAGGUUAGGCGCCUGUUAUGCAUUAAAAAGAUUUAAUCAUAGAAAAAUGCGAAGAAAUAAAAUAAGUAGACUAGAUUGAAGAUGAGUAUUUAGGAAAAUUAAUUUUAUAUAGAUUGCAUCCAUACGUUAAAUAUGUAGCAUCAAAAACAAUACCUACAUAAUUUAUUCAAAACUUCGCACAAAGGAUAUAAAUGAGGCAUCCAAAUAUAUUUUUUUAUAUAAAAAAAUCGCACUAAAAUUAAAAGACUAAUCAGCAAAUGUUUAAUGUCUUUUUUGAGUAUAAUUUUACUUCUCUUGAAUAGAUGAUUUAAAAGAGAAGAGAUAAUGGUUGGCAUUAUCCUGAAAUAGAGUUAUGGACUCUAAUUAAAGAAGUAGCAUCAGGGAUGAAUUUUUUAAUGGAACAAAAAAUUCACCAUGGAGAACUAAAUAAGGCUAGCAUAUUUUUUGAUGACGAAUACCUUCUUUACAGAAUUUAUGAUAACUAGCUUUUGAAUGCUGAUAAAUAUUACCAGUAUUAAAAGAAUAACUAAAGUCUCCUUAUAGAUACUGGGAUGCUUCCUCCUGAAUUUAAUUCUUAUGAUUUAAUAUAGUUCAAGAACCAUUACAAACUUGAUGUUUGGAAUUUUGCUUUGAUUAUUUUGGAAUGUGCUACUUUAUAAAAUGUGAAAGAGCUUCUUUAUUCAAAUAACACUUUGAAAACUGAUUAGUUAUAGAUUUUAAUUUAAUCAAUUCAUGGCAAAUAUUCAGUUCCUUUUAUAAAUAUUCUUUUAAAAAUGCUUGAUCAUGACCCUCGUACUAGAUUAGAUUGGGCAUAGAUUAUAAGGACUGUUCAAAAUGAGCCCUUAGCUAAAUAAGCUCCUCCAUACCAAGUUGAACCAACCCAACUUCAUCCAUCAAGAUGUUUAAAUAACUUACAUGAAAUAGUUGUUGGUGCAUAACCAUAAAGUUCUGCAUAAAAAGAAAACCUAAAUCAAGAUCAGCAGUCUGGAGGAUUAAAAAGAGUUAGCCCUUAAAAAUAGCCGAUUAGUGAUUUAUAAAUCUACAAUACUUAAAAUUAAUAAAAGAUUAACUUAUAAAGCAAUGUUUUAAAUAUAAACAAUAACUAAAAUAUUCAAAAUGAUUAAAAUGGAUUUUAGCAAUCUCAUUUUAGUGCCAAUAAUAUUGACUAUGAAAAUACUAUUAGUAAAUUAGAUGCAUUGUAAUUUAAAUAAUAGUUUUCUGCAUAGCAAUUAUCUAGCUCAAACCUUUAACCUUAACUACCUAAAAAAAAUUAAAUUUAAUCUAGUUCUUAAGCAAGUUAAAUAAAUGAGCCAGAAAAAGAUAAAAGUAAUCAACAAUCAGAUUAAAAUAUUGAAUCAGAUUAAAAUGUAGAUAUAAAAUAGCAUUUGCAAAAGAAUAUAGGAAUUAAAAUCAAAGAAAGUGAAAGUGCAUAGAAAUUAGAAUCUACUCCUACUUAAAAAUCAGCAAACUCUAAUGCUUCAAUAACUGGAUUAUCAGUGAGCUAAAGACUGAUAGAAUUAAGUAAAAAAAUAUAAGAAACCUUAAAGCAAUCAUAAAAGUAAACUAAAAAAUUAGCACAAAAUGGACCUAGAUGA